ACAGACCGAAUUUUCUGUCAUUGGUGUGGGUUAAGGCGACCGAUUUAUAAAAUUAAACUUUAAAAUAGAAAAUUAAUUCCAAAUGGCUUCACAAAAUCUUUAUAUGGCUGUUCGCAGCUUCAGUACUAGUAACACCGCUUCACAAUUAGUUAAAGCCCCACUCCAAAUUUUUGGAAUUGAAGGUAGGUAUGCUUCAGCUCUAUAUUCUGCAGCCAGCAAACAAAAGUCAUUGGAAGGUGUGGAGAAGGACCUUUUGAAGCUUCAGGGUGCUUUAAAAACAGAUGCUAAACUACGAGGAUUUGUAGAAAACCCAACAAUCAAAAGAAGUCUUAAGUCAGAGGCUCUUAAAGCAGUAGCUCAAAAGAUUUCUCUUAAACCAGAAUCUGCUAAUCUUUUGGCAUUGUUGGCUGACAAUGGUCGUCUUAAUAAACUAGAAACAGUUAUUAAUGCAUUCAAGCAAAUUAUGGCAGCACACAGAGGAGAGGUCUCAUGUGAAGUAACCACUGCUAGAGACUUGGACGCUGACCAAAAACAAAAACUUAUGGGUGUAUUGAAGUCCUUCGUCAAGUCAAACCAAACCAUUCAAUUGGCUACAAAAGUCGACCCCAGCAUCAUCGGUGGAAUGAUAGUAAGCAUUGGUGACAGAUACGUAGACAUGUCUGUAGCUAGCAAAAUCAAGAAGUACACAGAAGUUAUAAGUGCAACUGUUUAAUUAUACUAGAGUUUAUUUAAUUUUGUGUAGUUAUUGAAAUAGGAUUUUCAUUUUAUACAUCUUGUUUUUAAGACGAUAUACUACAGUAGUGCUGUAACUUCAUUAAGAAAAUUGAUGUCCGAAAACUACCAAUAAAGUUAUUUC